UUACAGUUCGCGUAGUAGCAAGACUUACGCCUCGUAUAAGGAGUAACUCCGUCGUUAUUCCUCGUUAUUCCCACGGCAAUUCGGCAGCGUGACAGGGGGGGGGGAGGAAUAACUCCCUCGUUAUUCCCCGUUGUUUCCUCGGCGGCGUGACAGGAAAAAAACGGAACAAGUUCCCGAGGAAAAAAACAAAACACGAAUCAAUGGCCGUCAGCGCUGUCCACCUGGAGUCGGACGCCUUCCUGGUGUGCAUAAAUCACGCCAUGAGCACGGAGAAGGAGGAGGUCAUGGGUCUCUGCAUCGGGGAGGUGGUGCUCAACCGGGUGGUUCACGUCCACUCCGUCAUCAUCCUCCGCCGCUCCGACAAGAGGAAGGACCGGGUGGAGAUCUCCCCCGAGCAGCUGUCGGCGGCCUCCACCGAGGCCGAGCGCCUAGCGGAGAUGACGGGGAGGCCGAUGCGUGUGGUCGGCUGGUACCACUCGCAUCCGCACAUCACCGUCUGGCCCUCCCAUGUGGACGUGAGGACCCAGGCCAUGUACCAGAUGAUGGACCAGGGCUUCGUGGGCCUCAUCUUCUCCUGCUUCAUCGAGGACAAGAACACCAAAACGGGCCGCAUGCUCUACACCUGCUUCCAGUCCACGCAGAAGGGCUCCGAGUACGAGCGGGUGGAGAUCCCGGUGCACGUCGUCCCCCGGGACGCCAUCAGCAAAAUGUGCCUGGACUCGGCCGUGGAGCUGCCCCACAUCCUGUGUCAGGAGGAGCAGGACACCUACAGGAAGAUCCACAACCUGACCCACCUGGAUCCCAUCACCAAAAUCUACAACGGGUCGGUGUUCACAAAGAACCUGUGCAGCCAGAUGUCGGCCAUCAGCGGCCCCCUGCUGCAGUGGCUGGAGGACCGGCUGGAGCAGAACAAGCAGAGCAUCGGAGAGUUGCAGGAGGAGAAGGAGAGACUGCUGCAAGAGCUUGCCACCGUGUGAGGGGGGGGGGUGUGGGUUUUGUCAGAACAGUGGAACCGGUACGUCUUCAUCGGGGUCAAGGCAGGUGGUGCUGGAACACUCAUUGGGGUUCUUGUCAUCAUUAUUUGGGACCUCGGCACUAAAGCGACAUUAUUUGUUUCCUGGAUUGUUGGGCUCGUUGAAGAAUCAGAAUCGUGUUUAUUGCAGCGUUGCACUUUAUCGACUCUUAUUCCGCCUGUGUAUAGUUAACCCUUGUGUGUGUAUAGUAUAUGACGAUUGUCGUGUUGUAUGUUGUUACACUGCAUUAAGUACACACAGAGCCACGAAACCGGAGUCAGAUCGGCCAGUAAACACGAUUCUGAUUCUGAUCCGUCAUCUGUGGGCCGCUGACAUGUACAGUCUGGGUCACUGAAUCCCAUUCACUCCCACUGCGGUUGCAGCUUCACCAUUGUUCUCCCCUGAAAGCGUCGACAUCUUUGAAAUAUGCUGAAUGGAUCACAUUUGUGUUUUUGCCCGUGUCACACUUGUGCGUCGGAGCUGGGGGUGUCGCCGGUUCAACAAAAAAAAAAAAGUGCGUGUGCCUUAAUGUCAAAAACCCGAAAGUGUGCACGCACACCACACUCCGGUGCAGUAGCGUGCAAGCCGUGGGCUGUUGAGACAGAGUUUUAGAUUAUUUUAGAUUAGAGAUAUCGCAUAUUUUAACGCUUUUUGAGUCAGUGCAAACAAUGCAGUGAUUUCGUUGUGUUUGAAAAUAAAUUAAUAUUCCG